AUGACCUGUGUCAGCACGGCACCCAAACCUACCGUACUGGCGUCGGUUUGGAGAGAGAACGGUAACUCGAAAUUCGGACAAGCCAACGUCGGUGAGGACGUGAGAUGCGUUUUCAGGGCAGCGAAAGCGAUGCUUUGGGCCUCCGCCCAUUCCGACGUCUGGUUCUUACGCGUCAAGCAGGCUCCUGCUGGGCAAGCCCAGCGCACCGCCAAGACGACUCCUCUAAAACAAGGGGAUCAGAAAUCGGGCCAGUCACGAGCCGGGACCUACAGCGCAGAGAGAACCCGCCAUCAGCAGGGCAGAAGCCAAACUAAUUCAGCGCCGACCACACAGCCGUCCAUCCCUACCACCACCCUAGCUGAGCAGUCUACACCGUCCACAGACGGAUAUCAGAGGGUGCGACCGGCCCCCAGCUCAGAUCUCAGGUUCUUCUGGACACCAGAGGCAUCGAGCCCGCCAACCGCCACCGUCAAUCCCUGGGCUACAACCAGGAAUCCUCAGCAGGGGUACUACUCGACUGCAGCUGCUCAAGCCCCAACUUCAGCGGUGUGGGCCUCGCACUCAUACGUGCCUCCAUCGGCACCACCAACAGCUGCCCCGCUGCCUCCAACACCAAGCCAGACCAUGCCGGCCGUCACACCGGAGAUGAUGUCCCUCCUCCAGCAACUCGUUAGUCUGCAGCAGCAGGCAGCCGCCCAACAGGCCCCAGCACAGCAGCCUUCCGGGCCUCCAGGAGAACCCCCGGCCAGAGCCUGGGGCACCAGGUAUCCUCCCCGUUCUUAA